UGGCCGCCGCUGCCUCCUGCGCCCGCCCCCUGCAGUAUGCGUCUCGCACUGCGCCUGCGCGCUGUUACAUCCGGGAGACUUGGUGGAGGGAGCAGGGAAGGUGUUGCUGGAUAUUUUUUGCUUCUUUACAUUAUUUUAUUGCUUUACGGCAUUUUCUGUGCUGACAUCGCCUCGUAAUCCGUCUCCUCUGCAAAUCCACUCCUUAACUGACUACCUAAGGAUGGAGAAAAAUAGAAACGUGAUGAAUGAGAGGAUUUUAAAUAUCACCCUGGAGAUCAUCUAUCUGCUGACUGGGGAGGAUUACACAGUAGUGAAGAACACAUCUGAUAAGCCGGAGACACCCAGCAGCAAUCAAUGUGUGCCAGGAAUAUUGAGCAGGACCCAGACCUCCAUCAUUGUGCCUCCACCUCUCUCACUGAUACACGAGAAAAACAAUGACCAAAAGAUCCUACAUCUCACCAACAAGAUCAUUGAGCUGCUGACUGGAGAGGAGAGCGAGCAGGGAGAGUAUGUAGAAGAACCCAAGGAGCUGUACGUGCAGCACCGACCAAUCACUUCACUAGCAGAGAGACUGAAGAAUAGGAAGGCUCCAGAGCCGCCGCUCAUUUUAACCGAAGAUGAUAAAAUAGAAGAUGACCUUGAUAGUUCCAUUGCCGACAGUAUAUAUCCAGUGCUUAUCGGUUCCGACGUUCCUUCAGACGACUCCUCCAGCCAUGAGGGAUUUUCUGCAGAUAUAUCAGAGAGCGUUACACAUACUAUAGAUGCUGCAGGUCGCAAAGUGUUUGCGUGUCCCGAAUGUGGCAAAUGUUGCAGCGGGAAAGUACAACUGGCUACACACCGGCGGUUCCACACCGGCGAGAAGCCGUUUUCCUGUCCGGAGUGUGGGAAAUGUUUUACCCUUCGGUCGCACCUGGUGAGGCACCAGAGAACUCACACAGAAGGUGAGAAGCUGCACAUAUGCUCCGACUGUGGGAAGAGUUAUAAGUACAACGUGUAUCUUGUCAGACAUCAGAGGAUACACACGGGCGAGAAGCCGUACCGAUGCAAUAAGUGCGGCAGGAGCUUUAGACUGAAAAUAAGACUCUCGGCGCAUCAGCGGAUUCACACGGGUGAGAAGCCGUUCCUGUGCUCCGAGUGCGGGAAGUGUUUCACCCACAAAUCCAAUCUGGCAGAGCACCUGAGAACUCACUCGGGCGAGAAGCCGUUUUCAUGCCCCGAUUGCGGGAAGUGCUUCACGCGGAAAGCAAAGCUCUCCGAGCACCGGAUCACUCACACGGGGGAUAAGCCGUUCUGCUGCUCUGAAUGCGGGAUUUGCUUCACACGGAAAGAGAGAUUGGUGGAACACCAGAGAAUUCACACCGGCGAGCAGCCAUUUUCUUGCUCGGCGUGCGGAAAGUGCUUUAGGUCAAAAGGGACUCUUGUGGCUCAUCAGAGAACUCACACUCCUAAGCAGUCCUUGUAGUGUCCCGAGAGUCUUGUUAAACAUCAGAAAACCCGCGUGAAUCGAACAGGUGAACAGCUGAAUUAAUGGAGCGUGUUUUAUGUGGGGGGGAAACCAAAAAGAUCUCUAUUAUUCUAAAAUUCUAUCUUGUUAUAAAUUAGAUCAUCGCGUCAUGUUUGCGUGAUGCUCUAAUAGCGUCAAAGCUAAUAUGCACAUUCCAGAUCUAAAUUCGUGCGUCAUGCAUAUUAGGGGGCAUAUACAAUUUCCCGCAAAAUGUAUGCAGGAAAAAUUGCAGCUGUCAUUUUGCCAUUAAUGCAGGGAUGCAACUUCCUGAUUUCUGCACUAUCCAGUUAAAAAACAAAAAAUUGUGGUAAUUUGUCCCGCAAAAAAAGAAAAAUGUAGAAGAAAAUUGUGCUAAUCGUUUUAUAAUCCCCAGCUCAAAAAAUAUAUAAAUGAUACCAAAUAUUGACCAACAGUAUAGAUAAGUCUGCCCCCAAAAAAGUAUUUUCAGCUAUUUUGUAAAAAAAAUGUUUUUUCAAAAUAAAUUGAAAACAAAGAAAAAGUUGAAAAACAAAUGUUCAUUUGGGUGUAAUUUGAGACCAAAUUGUUUUGUUUUUUAAUUAUGAACUUUUUUUUUAUACAUUUGGUUACAUUUUGGGUUGAUUUUGACAUGAAAAAUGAUUGCCCCAAUUAAGCUAAUUAAAAACUUUCUAUUGCCUAAUUUUGUUAUUUAGGGGAGUGUACCAGGGGUUCUGAACCAAUAUCCUGACCUUUAUACCUUUUUAAUGACCUCUUUUCCCUGACUUUGCACCUGCUCCUUAAAUGGAAGAAAAGAACUGUGGCUCAACUUCUUGCAUGUAAUUGAAUAUUAAAAACAUGGGAUCUGCUUAAAAUGUUUGGUGAAAAAAAAAGGUUAUCACUUGCAAUUGAAUAUGCCUCCAGGUGUGAUGUGCACUGCAGUGGUGGGAGAGAAUAGGAAUGGUUGCGAGGAGGUGUAAGGAUGGGAGGGACGGUAGGGCUUGGGGUAGAGAUGGGUGGGGACAGAGGAGUGGCUGAGGGGAUCCAGGUGCAUGCUGGGUGCAUUUAUUUACCGGUUCUACGUAAAAGUAUUUGCCUACCCCUGACAUGAGAUGUACAUCUGUUUCACUUCCCAAUUCUCUUUACUGAUAUAAAUGUGUUGGGCAUUUCACCAUGUCCUAUUGUGCUUAUUGUUGUAUUACUUUUUGUUUAUUGUUGUUUGCAACAUUCUAAUGUUUUUCCCAGUCGAUGUCCUUAUGUGAAAUGUUUGUUAAAUCACUGAAGAUUUUAGUGGACAUGACUUUAGUAAUGUGAUUGUAUAUAUGUAAUGCAUAUACUUCUGGAUUACUAUGUAUAUUUUAUAUUUUUGUCUUUUUUUUUUCCUCUUACCUGUUUCACUAGGGGUCUGGGCCAAAUUAGCUUUUUUUUGUUUUUUAUCCCCUACCUACUAUAUACAGACUGUAGGGUAAAUUGUACUUAUCGGCGCUUUUCAAGCCAUCUUAAGCAGAACCACCACUGAAUUUAAAGGAUCAGUAAUUUAAUAUUAUUGCCUCUGUAAGUCCAGCACCCCGAGUAGUUUCUCCAGAAAUUGAUCCUAUCUUGCCGCAGGCCAUUGAGGUGUAGAAUAGGGCGGAUAAACUCAUGGAAGGUAACGGAUGUGAUCCGGAGGCUCCAUCGUGGGGCAGUGGUCGGUUCUCUGAACUGGAAAAAUUGUAUGGGCGCAGUCUCUGGUCACAAAUUGGUGUGUGUAGUCUGGGCCAGGUCUUCUCGGAUGACCACUUAAAAUUAUUUGUUUGGCUUCAGCUGGAGAUUAAUAUUCCAAACACAGCUUUUUACAAGGAACUUAUCUGCUGUGGGGUGUUACCUGUGCCCGGUCCCUGCUUGUCAGGAUUGUUCCUCCUGGGGAUUUGCUGCCUCUCCAAUGAUUAGCGGACCUGAAUGUUGGGAGGGAUGAUUAACUUGUAUAUUUCUCUUACGUCCUACAGGAUACUGGGAUCCACAUUAGUACCAUGGGGUAUAGACGGGUCCACUAGGAGCUAUUGGCACUUUAAGAGUUUGAGAGUGUGGGCUGGCUCCUCCCUCUAUGCCCCUCCUACCAGACUCAGUUUAGAAAAUGUGCCCAGAGGAGCCGGUCACAGCUAGGGGAGCUCCUGAGGAGUUUUUCUAGUUUUCUUAUUUUGAGUUUAUUUUACAGGAGGCUGUGUGGCACCAGUCUGCCUGCUUCGUGGGACUUAGGGGGGAGAACGGCCCAACUUCCUAAAGAGUUAAUGGUCCCGUUUCUCCGCUGACAGGACACUGAGCUCCUGAGGGAGUCAUUCGCAAGCCCCACCAUGGCGAGCGUACCCUCCCGCAACACGCUGCCACCCCUAACAGACCCAGAUGAAAUGAAGAGUGGGGAGUACAGCGCCGGCAUCCCGGUCAGCGGGUCGCCGGUGGGUAUGGCGGCACAAGGAUAGGAGCGCAGAGCUGGGUGCAGGCUGUGCUCCAGGUGGCUCAGAAAUCACGUGUGUGUGUGUGUGUGUGUGUGUGUGUGUGUGUGUGUUAGAUGCUGCUAAGGGGCGCGCUGAGCCACCGCUGACACCCUACACUGGCUAAUCGUCUGGCAGGGGUUCUAACCCGCUGUCAGACACUAAAAUACCUCAGGCCAGUAUUUUAAAAAAAUGCGGGAAGCCGAGCGCCAUUACGAGCCGAGCAGGGCUUCACUAUGAGCAGACCAAGCAGCUCACCAGCGCCAUUUUCUCCCAGCAGAUCUAUACGGAGGACGCUGACAAGGAAGCGCUGCCCCUCCACAUCAACACCAGACUACCUCUGCGGUACCAGGUGGUUAUAGGGGGGCGGGGGGGGGCAAGUUUGUUAGUACUAAAUACCCUAUUAAGGGUAGUUAGUCUGCGCCUGGCUAGUUUUAUUAUUAGCUAAGAAGGGGUGCUGUGUGUCUGGUUUCCUCAUACUCUGUGGACUCUGGGAAAUUGUGUCUGACAUUUCUCGUGUGUGUGUGUGUGUGUGUGUGUGUGUGUAUGUAACUCACAUUACCAUGUCAAAAGACUGUGUGUCUUGUACAGCAGAGUGUUUCUCUUCUCCUGGAGAGUCUAUACAAUGUACUUAAAAUAAUACACAUUCUCAGGCUUCUGCGGUCGAACCCCUGUGGGUGGACUCUUUAUAAGGGGGAUGAUUUCCAAUAUUUCUACAAAGUUAUCCCAUAUUGAGAAGGAGACGCAGUUUUUGAGAAAAUCUGUGGAGGUUCUGAUGAAUAAAGACUGCGCCCUCACAACUGCGCCUCUCACCCCACCCAUGUAUCCACAAAAGCAUCCACUGGCCCAGAUAUUGCAGGCUGACACUGAUGACGAUGCCUCAGAUACAGGGGACGGUGAGGUGGAUCUGGUGGGGGGUGAUGCAGCUCUCACCCAUGGGGUGCAAGCUAUGAUUGAGGCUAUUAGGGAUGUAUUGCAGAUUUCAGAGAAGGUACCUGUUGAAGAUGAGGAGUCUUAUUUUAAUGUAAAAAAUAAAUCCUCUUUACUUUCCCUGCAUCUUUGAAGGAACUUGGGUAAACCCAGAGAAAAAGUUUCAGAUCCCUAAAAGGUUACUCAUCUCCUUUCCCUCAGGAGGAUAGGAAACAGUGGGAAAACCCACCUAUUGUGGAUGCUUCUGUGUCUAGGUUAUCGCGAAAGGUUGUUUUACCUGUCCCUGGCGCAGCCUCCUUAAAAGAUACGGCUGACCGCAAGAUUGAGACUACACCGCUGCAGGCGUAGCCCAGAGAACCACUAUUGCUUAUGCGUGGAUCUCUAGGGCCAUUGUAAAAUGGUUGGGUAACCUAAUUGAUGAUUUAGAUUCAAUGUAUAGGAGUGAAAUUGACUUACUAUUACGUCACAUUCAGGAUUCUGCAAGCUUCAUGGUGGAAGCCAUGAAGGAAAUUGGCCUGCUUAACUCACGGGUUGAAGCUAUGGCAGUUUCGGCACGCAGAGGACUGUGGCUACGCCAAUGGACUGCGGAUUCAGACUCCAGGAGAAGUGUGGAGAGCCUGCCCUUCACAGGUGAGGCCCUGUUCGGUGACUAACUGGAUACGUGGAUAUCCAAGGCAACUGCGGGUAAGUCGACAUUUCUUCCUUCCGCAUCUGCACCGGCUAUGAAAUCAUAUCCUGCACCUACACUGCAGUCCUUUCGAACAGUAAAAUUUAAAAACAAAUCCAGGGGUUCCUCCGCUGCCUUCAGAGGGGGUCGAGGAAAACCCAGAAAACCUGCCGCGACAGGUUCUCAGGAUCAGACCUCAGGUUCUGCUUCCUCAAAGCCUUCGGCAUGACGGUGGACCACACUGCCUGAAGAACAGGCAGGUGGGAGCACGGUUAAAAGAUUUCAGUCACAUCUGGGCGACUACAUGCCUAGAUCUCUGGGUCAAAGAGAUUGUUGCACAGGGGUACAUUCUGGAGUUUCAAGAUCUCCCACCUCACAGAUUCUUCAAAUCAGGUUUACCAGCUUCUCAGGAAGAAAGUACAAUCCUGCAAGAGGCGAUUCAAAAAUUGAUACAAACACAGGUCAUUAUUCCAGUUCCACCUCACCUACAGAACAAAGGUUAUUAUUCCAACCUGUUCGUGCUACCAAAACCGUACGGUUCGGUAAGGCCGAUCUUAAACUUAAAUCCCUGAACCCCUAUUUGCGGGUAUUCAAAUUCAAGUUGGAGUCUCUAAAAGCAGUAAUCUCCGGUCUGGAGGAAGGGGAAUUCUUGGUAUCCCUGGAUAUCAAGGAUGCGUACCUUCAUAUUCCGAUCUGGCCGCCUCACCAGGCCUGUCUCAGGUUUGCACUACAGGACUGUCACUACCAGUUCCAGGCCCUGCCAUUUGGCCUUUCCACAGCACCGAGGGUUUUCACCAAGGUCAUGGCAGAGAUGAUGCUCCUCCUCCGCAAGCAGGGAGUGAACAUUAUUCCAUACCUGGAUGAUCUUCAGAUAAAGGCAUCUUCCGGGGAGAGGUUGUUGCAGAGUAUUGCUCUCUCAACUCAACUACUCCAGGAUCAUGGAUGGAUUCUGGACCUUCCAAAAUCACAUUUGGAACCAACCAGGAGACUUCCCUUCUUGGGGAUGAUACUCGAUACGGAAGUACAGAGGGUAUUUCUUCCAUUGGAAAAAGCUUUGGUGAUCCAGUCAAUGGUCCGGGAUGUCCUGAAGCCAGCAUGGGUAUCGGUUCAUCAGUGCAUUCGCCUACUGGGGAAGAUAGUAGCCGCCUACGAGGCACUGCAGUACGGAAGAUUCCAUGCAAUAUUCUCACAGCUGGAUCUCCUAGACAAGUGGUCCAGAUCACAUCUUCAUUCUUCGCAUGCACCAGCGGAUACGCCUGUCGCCGAAAGCCAGACUUUCGCUCCUCUGGUUGUUGCAGACGUCUCACCUGAUCGAAGGCCGCAGGUUUGGGAUUCAAAAUUGGAUUCUUCUAACGACAGAUGCAAGCCUCAGAGGUUGGGGAGCAGUCACCCGGGGAAAAAACUUCCAGGGAAAACGGUCAAGUCAGGAAGCUAUCCUUCCAAUAAACAUUCUGGAACUAAGGGCCAUAUACAAUGCCCUUCUACAAGCGGCAUAUCUUCUUCAAGAUCAAGCCAUUCAGGUUCAGUCGGACAAUGUAACGGCGGUGUCCUACAUAAACCGACAGGGUGGAACGAAGAGCAGAGCUGCAAUGUCAGAGGUAACAAGAAUUCUUUUCUGGGCAGAGAGACACGGAGUGACUCUGUCGGCAAUCUUCAUUCCGGGAGUAGGUAACUGGGAAGCAGACUUCCUCAGCAGACACAAUCUCCAUCCAGGAGAGUAGGGCCUCCACCCGGAGGUGUUCACGGAGGUGACAAGCCAGUGGGGAAUACCUCAGAUAGACAUGAUGGCCUCUAGCCUCAACAAGAAGCUCCGCCGGUACUGUUCCAGGUCGAGAGACCCACAAGCAGUGGCUGUGGACGCGCUGGUAACUCCGUGGGUGUUCCAGACAGUGUACGUGUUUCCUCCACUUCCGCUCAACCCAAGAAUUCUCAAAAGAACAAGGGUUCAGGCGAUCCUCAUUGCUCCGGACUGGCCAAGAAGGGCUUGGUACGCUGAUCUUCUGGAAUUACUAAUAGAGGAUCCGAGGCCUCUUCCUCUUCGCGAGGACCUUCUACAGCAGGGGCCGUUCGUCUAUCAAGACUUACCACGGCUACGUUUGACGGCAUGGAAGUUGAGUAUCAGAUUUUAGCCUGGAAGGGGAUUCUGAACGGGGUGAUUCCUACUCUGAUCCAAGCUAGGAAGGGAGUAAUGUCUAAGCAUUACCAUCGUAUUUGGAAAAAAAUUGUUUUGGUGUGAAUCCAAGAAGUUUCCUGCAGUGGAGUUUGAACUGGGGUGUUUCCUCCUUUUUCUGCAAGCAGGUGUGGAUGUGGGUCUACGCCUGGGCUCCAUAAAGGUCCAGAUUUCGGCCUUGUCCAUUUUCUUCCAGAAACAAUUGGCUGCCCUGCCUGAGGUUCAGACAUUCUUGAAAGGGGUUCUGCACAUCCAACUGCCCUUUGUGCUUCCUAUGGCUCCUUGGGAUCUUAACGUGGUGUUGCGGUUCCUGCAAUCAGAUUGGUUUGAGCCUUUACAGGAGGUAGAUGUAAAGUUUCUUUAGGGGAAGGCUGUCACACUGUUGGCCUUGACGCCAGCAAGACGUGUGUCAGAGUUGGGGGCAUUGUCUCACAAGAGCUGAACUCUAUCCUCAUGGAAAAUUAAGGUUGUAUCAGCAUUUCAUAUCAACCAACCUAUUGUGCCAGUGGCUACUGACACCUCGGCUACUUCAAAGUCCUUGGAUGUUGUGAGGGCUUUGAAGGUAUAUGUGAAGCGGACAGCUCGUUAUAGUAAAUCGGCCGCGCUGUUUGUGCUUUAUGAUCCCAACAAGAUUGGGUGUCCUGCUUCUAAGCAGACAGUUGCGCGCUGGAUCAGGCUAACUAUCCAACAUGCUUAUUCCACGGCAGGAUUGCCGGUUCCAAGAUCUGUACAGGCCCACUCUACUCGUUCAGUGGGUUCUUCCUGGGCCGCUGCCCCGGGGUGUCAAGGCUCUAUAGCUUUGCUUAUCGGCUACUUGGUUUGGUUCGAACACGUUUGCUAAGUUCUACAAAUUUGAUAGUUUGAUCAAUCAGUUCUGCAGGAACCUCAGCACUCUCCCUCCUGUUCUGGGAGCUUUGGUACAUCCCCAUGGUACUAAUGUGGAUGCCAGUAUCCUCUAGGACGUAAGAGAAAAUAGGGUUUUAGAUACCUACCGGUAAAUCCUUUUCUCUUAGUCCGUAGAGGAUACUGGGCGCCUGCCCAGUGCUUCGUGUUUCCUGCUUCGUUACUUGGUUAAGUAUUUGGUUCAGCUGUUGCUGUUCAUGUUCAAAUUUGGUUAGCAUGGCUUUCCUUUUGUUGUGUGUGUGUGUGCCUGUGUGAAUCUCACCACUAUCUGUGUAUUUCCUUCUCUCGAUGUAUGUCCGUCUCCUCAGGCACAGUUUCUAGACUGAGUCUGGUAGGAGGGGCAUAGAAGGAGGGGCCAGCCCACGCUAUUAAACUCUUAAAGUGCCAGUGGCUCCCAAAGGACCAGUCUAUACCCCAUGGUACUAAAUGGACCCCAGCAUCCUCUACAGACUACGAGAAAAGGAUUUACCGGUAGAUAAUUAAAAUCCUAUUUUUUUUUCUUCACUUACCUGUUUCACUAGGGGUCUGGGCAAAAUUAGCUUUUUGUUUUUAUCCCCUACCUACUAUAUCCAGACCGUAAGGUAAAUUGUACUAAUCAGCGCUUUUCUAGCCAUCUUAAGCAGUAUCCACCACUGGAUUUAAAGGGGCAGUCAUUUAAAAUGAUUGCCUCUGUAAGUCCAGCACCCCGAGUAGUUUCUCCAGAAAUUGAUCCUAUCUUGCCUCAGGCCAUUGAGGUGUGGAAUAGGGUGGAUAAACUCAUGGAAGGUAAUGGAUGUGAUCCGGAGGCUCCGCCGUGGGGCAAUGUUCGGUUCUCUGAGCUGGAAAAAUUGUAUGGGCGCAGUCUCUGGUCACAACUUGGUGUGUGUAGUCUGGGCCAGGUCUUCUCGGAUGACCACUUAAAAUUAUUUGUUUGGCUUCAAUUGUAGAUUAAUAUUCCAAACACAGCUUUUUACAAGGAAUCUGCUGUGGGGUGUUUCCUGUGCCAGGUCCCUGCUUGUCAGGAUUGUUCCUUCUGAGGAUUUACUGCCUCUCCACUGAUUAGCGGUCCUGAAUGCUGGGAGGGAUGAUUAACUUGUAUAUUUUGCCUAGAGUAUAUUGAACCCCUGAGGGCCUGUUCAGAAUGGGUGUCUGGGGCUACUGCGUGUUCCCUUUGGCAUCUGCUAUGGGAAUGCACUGUAGUAAUAUUGCUCCAUUUGAACCCCCAAAACUUGUUUAUUCUGUGUCUGUCUCUCUCCUUCUCUCCCCACUCUCUACUUCCUUUUCUUCCUCACACCCCCCGACCCUCUUUUCUCUCUCUCUCUCUCUCUCUCUCUCUCUCUCUCUCUCUCCCCCAUUCCAUUCCUUUGGGAAUGCACCAUAGUGGCUGAUUUCUGGGAAAAUGUAUGGAGUUAUAUUCAUGAGACACUGCCAAUAUUGCUCCAUUUGCACCACCUCUCUUUUUCUCUCUUUCUCUAUUUUUCCCAUACUGUGUACCGAUAUGUAUUUAAUCAAACAACACUGUCUAGGGUGGUUAUUGCUAGAACACAGAUGGCGGGGGAUGACACUGAAUGUUUUGGGUAAUGAAAUUAUGCAGCAUGAUCGCUACAAGGUGUGGCUACUAAAUAACGAGACUGAUGCUAUAAUUUUACGUUCAGUUAUAUUAAGUACAUUUACUUUUCCCCUUCUAUGUACUCCCCUUUUGCAUCCACACACCGCUGCAUUCUUAUUUUGCAUUGGUCAAAGCCGUGCUGUAGCUUAUUACCUGUCAGCUGUCUCAGUAACUUAUACAGAACGGGUUCCCUUGAGUACACAUUUGACAUGGUGUUAGGUCUGGCAGUAUGGAGGGUGUUCUAGCGCUGCAAUCUAUUUCUCGGCCAACAACUGCUUCACAGACUGAGCUGUGUGGGCCGGUGCAUUGUCCUGAUGGAGGGUGAAACCAUUUUUCCACAACUGAUUCUUUCCCAUAAAGUUUCUAGAACAUUUUUGUAGUAAUGUUGAUUCAUUGUUGCGCCUUCUUGCACCCAGUCUUGCAAAAUAACACCCUUAAUAUCAAAGAAAACAAUUAACUCGGCUUGGGAUUUGCUUUGACGUGCUUUCUUCAUUCUUGGUGAUGAUGGUGUUUUCCACUGCAUGGACGAUCAGGAUCGUACUGAAAGAUCCACGUGUCAUCAAAGGUAAUUUUCUAAAAAAUGCAAAUCCGUUUGAAUUUGUUCCAAAAUGUCUGUACAAAUUGGCUUACGAUUUUCUUUCUGCCCGGCAGUGAGUAGCCUUGGAUCAGUCUCAGCACAGACUUUUUUUCACGUUAAGAUCUUGAUGCUAAACUUGCCUAAUCGUUCUUUGUCGAUGUUGACUGUCAACUCGAACAUUUUUUAAAAAAUGUAUCCAACAUUUUUGUUUGUCAUUGAUGUGCAAGGCCUUCCAGGACAUAAAUCAACUUCGACAUCUUCACGACCAUCAUUAAAUCUAUUGUGCCACUUAAACACACGAGCACGUGACAUACAAUCUGCCCUUGGUUAGCAUACAGAAAGAUUUGGUCAAUUUAACGAAAUAUUUUAAUUAAACAUGUUGCUCUACUGUUGAAGCAAGCUUUUUUACGACGCACGGGAAAAAUAAAUGUCUUCAAACGCUGUGCGACGGCAAACGAUCUAUGUGGGAAAGGUGCAACUUCCCAAACUGUUUUGGGAUAAUUUAUUGUCAAUGUUCCCCCUCUCCCUUUUAAGUAUGGUUUGCUUUUUGCAAGUACAGUCUCAUUAUUUAAUAGCCACGCUUCGUAUAUGUAUACCAAAAUACGGGUAUGUUGGUAUAAGUCUAUGUACUGUAGGCGGCUUAAUGGAAAGCAGAUGGGGGGGGGGUUGGGUUGAGGGCUCCUCAGCCUUGCUUAUGCAUUCCUGAGCAUUAUUGUUAUAUGUUGGUGUUGGCCGUUAUUUCUUAUCUACUAGGUUUUCUAUUGUCCCCGAGAUUGGCUUAUAUCCCUUUUCCACUAGUGAUGCGGGACCCGCAUAUUGCCGGGUUGGUGACGCGGCAGGGGCGGUGCUGGGAGAUCACAUGAUCUCCCAAUGCCGCCCUUCCAUACACUGUGAACGGGAGCCUUGUCGCAUUGACACGGCUUCCGUUUACACUGCACAGCUUAAUGGGUUGAACUUGUGUUCAACCCGGUAAGCUACCAUGGUAGGAUUCCCGGAUCACUUGAUCCGGGUUUUUGGCAGAGGGAGCCAUUUCCACUAGCAAAAAACACUGAUAUAUGCGCGCCCCCGUGCAUUUACCCGUGUUUUUUGAGCUAGUGGAAAAGGGGAAUCGCUCUAUAUAUUCGCACUUCUAUACCGUCUCUUUGCUAGCUGUUUUUGUAGUACCGCCCUUCUUAAAUUUGAGCCAUUGUAACGGUCCCGCCCAUUGUAUCAUGUUAGCUAUCACUUGCAUGUGUUAUCCAGCCCCCGAACCUGCCAGAGGCGUGGUGGCUUUGAAGACCUGCGUUUGGUAAGUUUACCUGUUGACCUUUUGUACCCGUCGACCUCACCCACUGUAUACAAUUUACCUGUCGACCUUUUUUACCUAGUCUACCUAAUGCAUGUCGGCCUUCUAUACCACACCAAAAAAGGGCAAUCUGAUACAUAAAAUAAUGAUCAUGUUAUACAUUAAUCUGCCAAUGGCCUAUGUCACGUUUGACCAUCAGAAGGGCUCAUCCGUGUUUAUCAUGGGUCUGGGACUCAGGGUCGACAGCACAAAGGUCGACACACUUUAGGUCGACGCCAAUUGGUCGACACACCUUAGGUCGACAGGAACAAGGUCGACAUGAGUUUUUUAUGGGUUUUUUUGGUGUCGUUUUCUUCGUAGAGUGACCGGGAACCCGAAUUAGUGCACCGCGUCCCCUCGCAUGGCUCGCUUCGCUCGCCAUGCUUCGGGCAUGGUGCCUUCGCUUCGCUCUGCACACUUUACCGUUCCAAUCGUAGUCCACGUGGAUCGUUAAGUAUGAAAAGGUUCAAAAAAAGAAAAAAAUCGUGAAAAACUCAUGUCGACCUUUUUCCAUGUCGACCUUGUUCCUGUCGACCUUUUGGCCAUGUCGACCUAAGGUGUGUCGACCAAUUGGCGUCGACCUAAAGUGUGUCGACCUUUGUGCUGUCGACCUGGAGUCCGGAUACCGUUUAUCAUACUCAUCGGCUAUAACCUUUUUAUAUUUUCUUUUACUUUGCCCAAGAUUUGCUUGUUUUUUUGUUUUGUUUUUAAAUGCUAUCGUGAGCUUGAUUAGGCUUUUUUUAUAUUUAUUACCGUACAUGAGGAAAUAUCUUUAAUAAUGUAUUGGUAUUAUUGGGGAGACAUGUAACAAAUGCAUUUUUUGGGGGUGGGUUCUUUCCAACUUUCACAAAUCUAAAUUUAUAGAAUUUGCCUGUUUUUUAGUUUUUUUUAGUUUAGUACAUACAGUGAUAUACAUACUGUAUAUUGUACAUUUAUGUUUUGAUGUUCGUGUCGAGCCAUAAUAAAAUAGAUAUGUAUAUA